CACACUUUUUUGACAUUUUUUAAUUUCUUAUCCUAGAGAUUAGAUUUAUUUCACACAAACAUAAAACCAAAUAGAUAAAACGUAACGCAACUAACUGUAAUAAUAAAAUAAUAUCUAGAAUGUCUCGCCAACAUUGGGAUGAAUUUUAUGCUACUAAUUCACCACCUACUAAUUAUGAGGAUAGUCAAAAACAAAUAAAGUUGUUUUGUGAAAAACACCAUCAUAAUAACCAAAGAAUAGUUUUAGUAACGUCUGGAGGCACAACAGUCCCACUGGAACAUAAUACAGUCAGAUUUGUGGACAACUUUAGUGGUGGUGUUCGAGGAGCUGCUUCUACUGAGUAUUUUUUGAAAUGUGGUUAUGCAGUUAUAUUUUUACAUAGAUUUAAAUCAGUAGAACCAUUUACAAGACAUUUCGGUGGACAGAAAUUUUUGGAAAUGUUAGACAUUGAUAAAAAUGAACAAGGCACCUCAAUAACAGUUAAACCUGAGUACAUAAAGGAAUUAGCUCCAAUUUUAGUUAGUUACAAAACUGCCCACAAAGAAGGUAGAUUAUUAUGUGUGAAUUUUACAACUUUGUCAGACUAUUUUUGGUUGUUGAGGGCAGCUUGUGAAAGUCUAACAGUUUUUGGAUCAAAUGCUAUGUUGUAUUUAGCUGCUGCAGUUUCAGACUUUUUUAUUCCUCCUAACCAGAUGAGUACACAUAAAAUUUCAUCGGAUGCUGCUCCAAGUAUACACCUGCAAUUAGUACCAAAACUACUAACACCAAUUGUAAGCGACUGGCUUCCCAAUGCAUUUGUAGUCUCAUUUAAGUUAGAAACAGAUCAAAAUAUUUUAAUCAGCAAAGCCAGGGGGGCUUUAACCAAGUACAAACAUAAGUUGGUAAUUGGCAAUAUGCUACAUACUAGAAGAACGGCAGUGAUCUUUGUAAAACCGGAUUCUAGCGAAGAAGUGAAAAUCACUCCAGAACAGGCGGCAAAUGGGGUCGAUCUAGAAGAUAGUAUAGUAACCAAAGUGAUAGCUGAGCAUAGUUUAUUUAUUGAACAAGAAGGCUGAAUUAUGAAAGUUUUCAAUCAUGACAGAUAUAAUAGUAUUUUUAACCAAUUUAAAAGUUUACUACGACAAUUUUUGUAGGUUUGUUUUGUAAUUUUAUAUUUAAAUUAUUUAUCUGUGGGUACCUAUUUUAAAAAAGGAGAGAAAAUAUAAUUGGAAGUUAAGUCAAAACAUAUUGUAUUCAUUGCUGAAUCUAGGACUUCCUGUUAAUCUCGAAAUCUGUCGUUAGGUUCCUAAGACUAAAUCUUAACUUUCAAAUUUCAUGUUGGUUUUAUCCAAUGCCCUUAUUGUUGUUUACUUAUAUUUAUUUAUUUUUUUUAAUAUCUUUUACACAUCGCAAACCCAGCGGUUUGCCGAAAAGUUCUAAUUUUUUCCUUACAGCUAUGUGGACAUCAGUUUCAUCAUCACAAACAUCGCUUGUUUUCUAAUGGACUUUUUUAGACCAUUUGUUUCUCUUAAAAAUCGCUAGGACGAUCAGUUUUUGGUGCAUCUGUCAUAGGACCUGUAUUUCGAAAUUUAUCAAUCAAAUAAUUCGUAUUAAGACAAACGACAAAAGAAUGAUAGGUAAAUUCAAGUACAUCAUCAACCAUAUUCACACAAAAUUCUGCCUCGAAGGUCUACUCAUAGUCGAAACCGAGUAAGAAGCCAUCUACGUCAACCAACUUGAAAAAUCCGCUUACCGGUACACCAAACUACCAAUAAACACCAAAGCUCUACAAAAAAAACUAAGAGACCGCACAGGGAAAGGCAUCUGACAGUAACCAGCCGAUCCGACCACUUAAGUCGCACCCCAAUUACUACCGAUAGUUUCCACCCCAAAGUUUAUCUAAAUCUUUGCAACCAAUGUAAAUUUAGCCGAUUCUGUAAAAACCACAACCUUUUGGAUCCAACCUAGACUCCCAUAAAGCUAACACAUCCGACAAAUCUACUAACCUACGCACCAAAAAAAAUUAGCACUAGAACUCUACAAACACAGAUCAGAUAGCACAACGAUGAAAAUAAC